AUGCUGGAUAUCAUUCAAGGUACUCGACUAGACCUGACUGACAUUCCUCUCACCGUCAGAGACGCAGACCUUUACACUGAUGGCAGCAGCUAUGUCCGGGAUGGAAUAAGGUAUGCAGGGGCAGCUGUAGUAACAGGUCAAAAAGAAGUUAUUUGGUCCCAGGCUCUGCCCAGAGGCUCAUCAGCCCAGAAAGCAGAAAUCAUUGCUGUGACACAGGCAUUGAGAUGGGCAAAAGGAAAACGGGUGAAUAUCUACACAGACAGCAAUUAUGCCUUUGCUACAGCACAUGUGCAUGGACAAAUAUAUAAACAAAGGGGACUUCUAACCUCAGAUGGCAAGACCAUCAAAAAUAAACAAGAAAUUCUUGAACUACUGGAGGCAAUUUGGUUACCAGAUAAAUUGGCUAUUAUCCACUGGCCUGGACACCGCAAAGACGAUAGUCCUCAGACCCAGGGUAACAACUUGGCCGAUCAAACAGCCAGGAAAAUAGCCCUUUGA